UCUCAGCCUUCAGUGCACGGAUCAUCACAGCUGGUUAGCUGGCGUGCUAAGACAUUCAGCUCGGCGUCGCUGUUGCAGUGUCUGUGCUCAGCCCUCACGCCCGGAGCAACUAAAGACGGUUUCAGAUGGAGCCGAGAAUGUAGCCCGGGUCUCGUAAUUCGUGUAACUGCAGUGGCAUCGGUGCAGACCAUCUCCGUCCAGGGAACCAUGUUCUAGGGGACUCGCAUGGACUCGCACUCUACAAUGAACAAUGAGGACGAGUUCUACGACGCCGUCACAGGCUUGGAUUCAGACGAGUCAUGUGAAGGCACCUCGGAGGCCAGUUUCAAAGAUGCUAUGGUGGGUGACAGCACAGAAAAAAACAAUGGUACCAUAACGCAGGAGAACGGAAUCAGGAAACGCCGGUCGGCCCUUCCAGCUCCCAUGUUCUCCCGCAACAACUUCAGCGUAUGGAGCAUCCUGAAGAAAUGCAUUGGGCUGGAGCUGUCUAAGAUCACCAUGCCUAUCGUAUUCAACGAGCCGCUGAGCUUCCUGCAGAGGAUCAGCGAGUACAUGGAGCACACGUACCUAGUCCACAAGGCCUGUGCACAGGCCGAAUCCAUAGAGAGGAUGCAGGCGGUAGCUGCCUUUGCCGUGUCUGCUGUGGCCUCUCAGUGGGACAGAACUGGAAAGCCGUUCAACCCUCUCUUAGGAGAGACCUACGAGCUCCUACGGGAGGAUCAGGGCUUCCGGCUGGUCUCGGAGCAGGUGAGUCACCACCCGCCCAUCAGUGCGUUCCACGCUGAAGGCCUCGCACAGGACUUCGUGUUCCAUGGCUCCAUAUACCCCAAGCUCAAGUUCUGGGGCAAGAGUGUAGAAGCAGAACCCAAAGGAACCAUCACGUUAGAGCUCCUCAAGCACAAAGAGGCAUACACAUGGACAAACCCCCUCUGCUGUGUACACAAUGUCAUUGUGGGCAAAUUGUGGAUUGAGCAAUAUGGCACGGUCGAGAUAGUCAACCACAGCACUGGAGAUAAGUGUGUGCUGAACUUCAAACCCUGCGGCAUGUUCGGUAAAGAGCUACACAGAGUGGAGGGCUACAUCCAGGACAAGUGUAAGAAGAAGCGCUGUGUGAUCUAUGGCAAAUGGACAGAGUGCAUGUGGAGUGUGGACCCGCAGGUGUACGAGUCCCAUCGCAAGAACGACAGGAAGGGAGCAGCCGACUCCAGGAAACAGAAAACGGAAGAGACAGACGUCGCAGAGAACGAGGACGCAGACGACAUGCCGGAGGUUCAGGAAACCGUGGCUGUGAUUCCUGGCAGCACUCUGCUGUGGAGAGUUGCAUCUAGACCUCCUAAUUCAACAGAGAUGUAUAACUUCACUAACUUUGCGAUCGGACUGAAUGAGUUGGAGCCUGGCAUGGAGGGAGUUCUGGCUCCAACGGACUGCCGCCUACGGCCCGACAUCAGAGCCAUGGAGAUGGGAGACAUGGAUGAGGCCAGCAAACAAAAGGAGAGGCUAGAGGAGAAACAGAGAGCAGCUCGUAAAGAGAGGGCCAAGGAUAAUGAGGAGUGGUCCACGAGGUACGGUGUAUCGGCCUUGACACCUUGCAGAACCCAAAGGGAAGAAAAGGGUUUAUGGAGUCAACAAAUUAUGACGAUGCAUAUUCUCUUUAAAAUGCUACCUUUUUUUCUUUUCUUUCAUUUUGGUGGGUUACCAAAGGUGAAAGUGGUUUCUAAGGAUUAUAUAGUAUUGUAGAAAGUAGACCAUUUUUGUGACCGUUCUCCAUCAAACAGCGUCUCUGUUGGCAGUAGAAAAACCACAUUUUUACUCCUCUCGUACCUUUUAGUUGCAUUAGCGUGGUGUUGUCUUUGCAUAGAGACCUUUUAUGGCAGGGUUUCACACCCAUCUAUGGCACUUAAGUUUGGAGUCCACCAUGUCACAUUGUGUACUUCCAGUUCAGAUCAACUCACUCUUUAAAAUGAUCAACACGAUUUAUGAAGACAUACACACUGUGCACCCGUCAAAGCAGGCAAAAUCUAUGCAACUCAUCAACUAGCUCAAGUUGCAGUGUAUUCUUCUGUAACUAUAGUCAUACCGUAUAUUUUAGAUGUGUGUAAAAGCCAGUCUCGGUGAAAAGAGAAUCAUGUCCAUAAAAGCUGUUUCUGUAAGUGGUCCAGCAGAAACCCAUCACGGCUCACGCUCCUGCCUCAGCAUCCACAAUUGGCCGCGUUUGUGUGGAAAUUCCCCCGUUCAUAGCCCUGCUCCACUUUCACUUGGCACACAAACCUGACUCAUAGUAAUUUGAGAAACUCUAGCUAUGAUGUGUGCAAGAGAAAAUGUUGGAAGUAUUCUCGAAGUACAGGGAUGCUAGAGAAUUUUUUCGUGUUGUUUUUUUUUUUAUUUUUAAAUUCUAUCCCAAACAGGUCAUGUCCAUCCCCACUCAGACCCCAGCCUCUACCUGGAUUUGAAUACACAAUUGAGUCACUAACACUUGAUAAUUUUAUUGUUUGGUGUUUCUUGUGCUCUGUGUCGGGUCUUUAAAGAUUCGUCGGAGUAUGUCUAAAGAUGUUGUUGUUGUUGUUGUGGUUGUUAUUGUUGUUGUUUUGUUGUCUGCUUGGCAAUUUAACCAGUCUCCUUUCCUCUGUGUGUAACCAUUUAAAGAACUUAAAUGUCAACAAGAAUGUCAACGCAUUUUCACAAGCUCUGAGGGACUCAUACAGUUCAUUACACUACUUCACAUCAUUAUUAGUUGUCCCUAAAUUUAAAUGUACAUUUAAAUAUUUGAAAACUAGCAAUAUAAAACUAAUAUUCAACAUAAAAUCUAUAUUUUAAUUUGGCAUUGUGUGGAUUCAUUUUGUAAGUUAAGUGCUUUACCUUACUCUUAACUAUACAUCAUGUUUGUGUGCAAAUGCCCCUUCUGUUUCACAUGUUGCACAUGUUUAGUAAUCACAGUCUAUUAUUUUGUGCAAUGCUGUAUUUUUAUAGUAUUUAAAUACAUUUCUGGUGAGAAAUUAAAACAUUUUAUUUUCA